CGUCGCGCCGACGCGCGGCCACGGACCUUGGAAAUCCGGCGGCCAUCGAGAUGGCGAAAGCCCGCACGAUGCAGGCCGCCCAGGAGCGCCCGGUCGGCCUGCUCGAGACCGACCUCGACGAGGCCGUGCCGUCGACCACGACGACGAGCGUCGCCGCCGCCGCCUCUGCCAGCAAGAAGACCAGGAGCCUGCUCAAUCUAAAUCACACCUCGACUGUUCCGCGACCCAGGCCGGAGCACGCCCUCCACAUACCCCAGUCGCCUGUCGCCGCUUCUCACAGGAGCCCCCGCGACGACGACGCCGCCUCCACCAUCAACCAAAGGCCACACAAAUCCAUGGAGUUCCUCCUUGACAAGGAGAACCUGCAUUUCGUCAAGCCGCCGGAGAACGAAUUGCAGAAAGUCGGCGAACGUGUGCCUAGCGAGCACGAACUCAGAGUGCAGAGGUCUCUGCAGCGACUGAACGUUCCGGAUUGGUACAAGAAUUCUCCCGCGGCUCGCGAUGGUUUCCGGUUAAAAAGGCACUCCGAUGCGUCGCAACACGGAGGAUGGCGUGCUCUGGGCUCGAAAACCACUUCCCUCUCGUCCCUUUCGUCGUCUUCCAAUAGACAGCCGACUACAGGUGCCCUUUUAAGUCCGAGUCCCACACCACCUGUAUUCUCGAGAUGGAGUACCAGUCUGCUGAACAGUGCCGGAAGUUCACCAGCGAGUUCAGCGAGGUCGUCCUUCAAUCAUCGGCAGCCAUACUUGGGCUGGCGUUCUCAAGAACGACUAACAAACCCGCGAACACCGGCAGAACGUCUUGCUCAGGGUAUUCUUCCCCAGUUGCAAGCAGCAAACAAGCAGCAACAGCAGCAGCAACAACAGCAACAACAGCAGACAACGAAUCAGCAGCUAGAGGUAAGGAACUCGAUAAAGGAGGUGACUUCGGCCAUUGUGCACUACGUGCAAAGCGGUCAAGAGGUUGGUGGAGGUGGCAGGCUGUCGCCUCGACCUCGACCUGAAGACUGGGACGACAGGGGCGGAGCAAGGUCAACCAGCCCCAGAGGGAGCGUGAAGCUGUGUUGGAUGGAGAGCUCGUUCGUUGGUACGAGACCCGUGGAUUCACCGGAGACGCCGAUUAGUUUGGCCACGGAAACCGACUGCUGUCCCGGAUGCAACGCCCCGGCCACCGAGUCUUGCAGUUGCGUCGAAUCCGCCACUUCCGGUCUCUUCUUGGAUUUGACACCGACACUCGACGAUGGCCAGCAGCAUCAUCAGCAACAACAGCAACUAGGCGGAGGCGGAAGUAGCCUCUGCCCGUCACCAUCCUCGUCACUCAAUUAUCACCAACACCAUCAUCAUCAUCAUCGUCAGCUUCACCAUCAACAGCAACCACAGCAGCAGCAACGCCAUCACCGCGGAUCGGGCCAGAGCGAUACGGACGAGGCGAUGGCGACGGCAGCUCUUCUGCGGAACAAACCAAGCCCGGGUUCUACGACCCUGGAGGACGUCCUUGACUCCCUCCUUGGCCUGCCAUCCGCGUCGCGUACCCCGAGUCCUGGGCCAGGUCCCGUCGUAACCGGUACAUCCGCCACCAUGCGUCAUCGAACUAACGUCGGCCAGGCUAAUGCGAAAGCCGGGAAGAGCUGCAGUGACCUACGCCAAGACCUCCAAGAGUCCGCUAGGAGCGUAAUGGACGUGCAAGGAGCCACCGAGGAGCGUGCCUCGUACUACGUUGGUGAACUGGUGCGACGUAAGAGCGAGGGCAGCGAUGCGAUACCCUCGAAAACGGCGGCGAUGCAGCCGAGGACCGGACCGUUGCGUCACCGUAGAGUAUCCUUCGACAACAAUCAAGAGGCGAACGGCGUGGUCGCCGGUAAUGUCGCGGAGAAGAUCGUACGUUGUCGGAACAACAAGUGCAGCAACACGACAACCUUGGCAGACGCGAAGAAAACCUACAAGAGCUGUCACAACUGCACCUGUCUCUACUGUUCGAGGGAGUGCAGGAGAGCGCAUUGGCAGCGUCAUCGAAGGACCUGCUUGCACUCGCGAACCGGUAACCUGUGCAAACAGGUGUUGUCCUCCGCGAAAGAGGAUCCCGUCACGUUGAAGCACAUCUCGGCAUUGGCGAAGCGUGGCUACGCUUCACACGGUCGCGGCGCCGUCAAAUGUUUCUUCUCCAGUCCAGAAAUGGCGGAGAAAUUCAUCGCGAACGGCUUCGUAGACCUCGGAGAGCCAACCUACGUCCGAUGGUCGGAUCUGUUGGCGAGCGAGAUGGGAGCCGAGUUGUACGCCGAGGUGAUCCGAUUCUGCAAAUCGUACAAUCCCGAGACCAGACUGGUGUUGUACGUGGCUAUUUGUGUGGUCAGCGAGGUACCUACCAGCGGAGCUGUGAAGUGGGAACGACAAUUGGUGUCCAGGUGUGCUAAGAUCCACUUGGACUCGGCGAACAGGCAACACACGUCCUCCUCGUCCGCUUCUCCGCAAGGCAGACAACAGUCCACGUCUCCUUGUAACAUCACCAGAGAGAUGGAAUCUCCAGAGAUGCUCGUGCUGAUCUCGCUGCCGGGCAACAACGGACAGAACAUGCCCAAGAGGAUCCGGGAGAUCAGCUUCACCAACAUCCAGAAACAGCUGAAGCAGAGAGGUGUGUCGCUUAGAAGGCACUUCCCGCAGGUGUACAAGAAACUGCGCGCGUACGUGGACGGUACCGUGGAUAAAUUCGCCCCUGUUACCAUCUAUCCGAGAGAUCAAGCCUCCGGGAAGAGUUUCAUAUGCAUCAUCGUUCUUGGCGUCGAGCCUGAACGUCUUCAGCUGCUUCCCACAGAUUCGUCUAGGGUUAAAACCGUUGAUAUUAGCGUCGAGCAGGAAUAGAGAAGCUAUCUUUCUCUGUUCGCUCGAGCUGGCUUUUUUUUAACGAAUUCACCAGACUCUGUAAUCAUGUUCAUGGGGAGGAGGAACGAGGGAGAUAUUGGAAGCUUGAUCGAUGAAGUAUGAUUUGUGAGUGAAACAGCUGAAGGAAACACGUGGAAUUUAUAGUAGCUAAUGAAACGAAAGUAAGAGAGAGAAAUGGAAGGAUGAUCUUUCGGGGAAAGAUGACGAUUUACCAUGGAUACAGGUGAUUUAUAUUCCACGGCAUUUCGUGUGGAGCAACGAAUAAUGUACACACAUGGAUGAAUUAGAUUCUACGUU